CCUGGUGACUCCGCCAUGGCUGCUUUUGAGGGUCCCGUCCGGGAUCUCCGCGAGGAAGCCACUUGUUCCAUUUGCCUUGAGUAUUUCAGGGAUCCAGUGAUCAUUCAUGAAUGCGGGCACAACUUCUGCCGAUCCUGCCUGACCCAGUGCUGGGAGAAAUCCGAGGGAGAGGCUUCCUGCCCUCAGUGCAGGGAAAGGGUGGAGCAAAGCAGCAUCAGGCGAAACCAGCAGCUGGCAAAUGUUGUGGAAAUAAUUAAGAAAUUCAGCCAUCUGGGCGGGAAAAAGGAGGCAGAAGGAAAAGUCUGCGAGAAGCACCAAGAGCCCUUGAAGCUCUUCUGCAAGGAGGACCAAAGCCCCAUCUGUGUCGUGUGUGACAGAUCCAAAGAGCACAAGGGCCACGAGGUGAUUCCUCUAGAAGAGGCGUCCCAGGAGUACAAGGAUCAGAUCAGCAGCUGCCUAGACAAUGUGAGGAAGGAGAGAGAGAAAAUUCUAGUAUUUAAAGCAAACACAGAAAAGGAAAGCCAAGACCUGCUUAAACAAACAGGUGCAGAGAGGGAAAAGAUGGUGGCUGAGUUCAGGCGACUGCGCCAGUUUCUGGAAGAACAAGAGAAACUUCUUUUGGCUCAGAUGGCAGAAGUGGAGAAGGAGAUUGCAACCAAAAGGGAGGAGCACCUGGCCAGACUCUCCAGGGAACUCUCCUCUCUUGACAGCCUCAUUUGGGAGAUGGAGGAGAAGCUUCAGGAACCAGCGAGUGAACUCCUGCAGGAUAUUGGAAGCUUCUUGCAGAGGUCUCAGGAGAAGGAGAACUUAGAGGAUCCUCCUGUGGCUUUUCCUCCUGCCCUGAAGUGGAAGAUCUGGGACUUCUGUGAUAUUAAUCCCUUCCUGGAGGGAGUCAUGGAAAAAUUCAGAGACACUGUGGAAUAUGAACUUCAGCUGCAAAAAGAAAACAUAACUUUGGAUCCAGACACAGCACAUCCCAGCCUCAUCCUGUCUGAGGAUCGAAAGAGUGUGAGUUGGGGAGAAGUUUGUCAAGACCUGCCAGACAACCCUGAGAGAUUUGACACAUAUGACUAUGUGCUGGGAUGUGAGGCGUUCAAGGAAGGCAGACAUUUCUGGGAAGUCACUGUGGGAAGAGAGGAGGGAUGGGGGGUGGGGGUGGCCAGAAAGUCUGUGAAGAGGAAGGGUGAGUUCUGUUAUGAUACUAGGGAAGGGAUCUGGGGUUUAGGGAAGUGGGAUGGUGUGUACAAGGUAUGCUUCCCCCAUGAGGCCCCUGUUCCAUGUGAGGAGCCUGAGAGGAUCCGAGUGACCCUGAACUGUGAGGGGGGACGGGUGUCCUUUUACGAUGCAGAUACAGCAGCCCUUCUCCACACAUAUCCGGCAGCCCCCUUCUCAGGAGAGACCCUCCAGCCCUUUUUUUACGUGGGCAAGAAAGAGAACAUGAGACUGAAUUUCCUGGAAAGGAAACACGCCCAUUUGCAGACGGAAAAGAGAGAAAACGAAACCAGCUCUCUUCCUCCCUCCCUUCCUGGUGACUCCGCCAUGGCUGCCACUCGGGGUCCCGUCCGGGAUCUCCGCGAGGGAACCACUUGCUCCAUUUGCCUGGAUUAUUUCAGGGAUCCAGUGAUCAUUCAUGAAUGUGGGCACAACUUCUGCCGAACCUGCCUGAUCCAGUAUUGGGAGAAAUCCGAGGGAGAGGCUUCUUGCCCUCAGUGCAGGGAAAGGGUGGAGCAAAGCAGCAUCACACGAAACCAGCAGCUGGCAAAUUUUGUGGAAAUAGCCAAGAAAUUCAACCAUCCGCAGGAGAAAGAGGAGGGAGAAGGAAAAGGAAGGGUCUGCGAGAAGCACCAGGAGCCGCUGAAGCUCUUCUGCAAGGAGGACCAAAGCCCCAUCUGUGUCGUGUGUUAUGUAUCUAAGGAGCACAAAAGCCACGAAGUGAUUCCUCUAGAGGAGGCGUCCCAGGAGUACAAGGAUCAGAUCAGCAGCUGCCUAGACAAUGUGAGGAAGGAGAGAGAGAAAAUUCUAGUAUUUAAAGCAGACACAGAAAAGGAAAGCCAAGACCUGCUUAAACAAACAGGUGCAGAGAGGGAAAAGAUGGUGGCUGAGUUCAGGCGAAUGCACCAGUUUCUGGAAGAACAAGAGAAACGUAUUCUGGCCCAGAUGGCAGAAGUGGAGAAGGAGAUUGCAGCCCAAAGGGAGGAGCACCUGGCCAGACUCUCCAGGGAACUCUCCUCUCUUGACAGCCUCAUCCGGGAGAUGGAGGAGAAGCUUCAGGAACCAGCGACUGAACUCCUGCAGGAUAUUGGAAACCUCUUACAGAGGUCUCAGGAGAAGGAGAACUUAGAGGAUCCUCCUGUGGCUUUUCCUCCUGCUCUGAAGUGGAGGAUCUGGGACUUCAGAGAUAUAAAUCCCUUCCUGGAAAGUGUCAUGAAGAAAUUCAGAGACACUGUGGAAUAUGAACUUCAGCUGCGAAAAGAAAACAUAACUUUGGAUCCAGACACAGCAAAUCCCCUCCUCAUCCUGUCAGAGGAUCGAAAAAGUGUGAGAGAAGGAGAAGAGUGUCAAAACCUGCCAGACAAUCCUGAAAGAUUUGACACAUGUGGCUAUGUGCUGGGAUGUGAGGGUUUCACAUCAGGCAGACAUUUCUGGGAAGUCAUUGUGGGAAGAGAGGAGAAAUGGGGGGUGGGCGUUGCCAUAAAGUUUGUGAAGAGGAACGGUUGGCCUACGGAAGGGAUCUGGGGUUUGGGGAAGAUGGAAGGUGAGUACCAGUACUUCUUCCCCCAUGAGGUCUUUGUUCCAAGUGAGGAGCCCAAGAGGAUCCGAGUGACCCUGAACUGUGAAGCGGGACGGGUGUCCUUUUUCGAUGCUGAUACAGCAGCCCUUCUCCAUUCAUUCUCAGCAGCCUCCUUAUCUGGAGAGAACCUCCAGCCCUUUUUUUACGUGAGUAAGAAAGGGAACCUGAGACUCUCUUGACUGAAGGUGCAGACAGAGAAGUGCAUAUUCAUGGACAACGUGACAUAUUCAGUCACCACUUCUGGACUGAGCCGACAGGCACUUGAGAAACCAUAUUUGCAGAACUGUGAUUGGCCAUCCCUUGUGUCAAUCAUGAUGCAACUCUCCCUUCUCAGGCCAGCUUUGUAAAUGACACUGAUUGAUUUGAUCCCCUGUCAGUCCCCAAACCUGCCUGUUCUCUCUCCCUUGGCAAUCAGCUACUUCUGUCGGUGCACGAGGUGCAAGAAAAGAAUUUAGGAAACAACAGCAACCCUAAUCACAUUCCUCUUUUGAUGUAGUUCUCUCUUCAACUUCCAACUCUGACUUAAUAUUUCUAUAAACCAGAUUGGGUCCCCUGUCAAUCUCCAAAUUUAGGAAAAAACUAACCCUACACACAUUCCUGUUUCAAUGUAGUUCUCUCUCCAACCCCCAACUCUAAGAGACAAUACCAUCAUCUUUUCGGAAUAAAAUCAGAAUGAUGCAUGGGCCUCACUUAAAACCUUCCUCAGCCUCCCUCAAUCCUGCUCUAAGAUUCCCUUUCCUCCCCCAAGACUUCCACUGGCCAUGGAGAAGGAAGUUCCAAAAUCCCUCUCUUUUUUUGCUACUCCUCAGGGAAGCUUAGGUGGCAAUUCAGCAAAAUCUCCAUAUUGAAGGGCAUCUGUUUGCUAGUUUCAGUACAGUCCGCCCAAAAGUUGACUUGGGUGAUCGCAGCCUGGAGCCCUUCAUCAAACCACAAAUUAAUAAAUAGAAAGAGGUUGAGAGACCAGGAAAAACUAUUGGAAAGGACUGUUUAAUAUCUCCCAAGAGUCAAGAGCCCAGAAAGCGGGGGGGGGGGGGCUUUGGCAGUGGUGGAAAGAGUUUCUAACUCCACCUUGGUUCCCGGCAUCUAGGAAGGUUGCAUAAAGCUCUCAAGAUCUCUGGCUUGGAACAAGUAGGGUUGGUUGCUUGGGGAGCAUUUUUGGGGGUCUUCCUGACUUGCACAAUAUUGCCUUUGCAUGCUGACCCCAGAGCUGUAACCCCUCUGCAGGUUUUGGGCCUCAGUGUAACAAAAUCCCCUCUGACGGUGAAGAGCCUCUGUCAGGAGUUCUGAAGGGAGAACAGUGACAAUCUAGAGGAUUUAAGGAGCGGGUGGUAAAUUCCCAUGUAUACAAUUAUUUUCUCCAAGAUGCUUUGUAGUGAACAGUCAGAUACUUACCAGUAUUUUUAGAGAUCCCCUCCUCUUAUCCUUUUGCAUAACAGGCCUGAAAGAAUUUGGGGAUAUGUUUCAUGUGCUAACGUGUUUGAUUCUAUUAAAGAUUGUACUUCUUUUUA